AUGAUCAACUACACGGCAAUGAUUCGGAACCUAUGCUCAUCGGGCGCAACUGACAAGGCUUGGAAAGUCUACGAGGCGAUGAAGGGGAGUGGCAUCGAGCCAGAUUCGGUGCUUCUCAGCACCCUGCUUGACGGCGCCAAGAUGGAAAACUUGUCAGGGGUCAUCAACAAGAUUGUGGAGGAAGCCAUCCGACUCAAAGCUGUCGACACCGUCUUUAUGAACGACCUCUUGUACUCGAUCCUUCACUUUUCUGAACUUGAGGCCAAUGAGAAGCGGAAGCUAGGUCGGGCUGGCGUCGUACCAGCCUUCGGCCCUAUGCUUUACUACUACUCCAAAGCCUUCAACCUAGCCCCUCUGCAGGCUCUUAUUCCUAUGAACCUGUCCAUGCACGUUCAGCAAUACGGAAACAAUUUGCCCCCAGAACGGCAGUUAGCUCGGCAGGUGUUCCCCGGUCUCGACGCAGCUACUUCCGCGGUCAGGAAAAAGAUGGACCCGACAGCCUCCACGCUGGGUAUCAUGUUCAUCGCCUUCGUCAAGAAUCUUGCGCAACCGAUUAAGCUCAUCUCCUUAUACGCCUACCUCCGACAACUGAUCAUCAACAGGCAUCCUAUGGCAGUACAGCACGUUAAGGAGAAGGGCACCUUCAUGUACGACGUGAUUCUCAAGGCCCUAAUGGGGCACAAACACAUGCAGCGACCAGCACUGGACAUCGUCGGCGACAUGCUCCAUGAUACCCUCGCGGAACGGGAGGCCAGCGAGAAGGAGACAAACGCCAGCCAAGAGACACAAAUCCAUCCACCCCCGAGCAUUUACACCUGGAACAUUCUUCUUGCCGGGUUCCUAUUCAACCGAGACAAGGAGACUGGCGGCAGGAUUCGCACGAUGAUGAUGCAAAAGGGCGUCGAGCCGAACGAAGUCACCUGGAACACCCUCAUUUCAGGCUACGCUGGACUGCAGGAUGUCGGAAAGACAGUGCAAUCGCUGAAAGGCCUCGAGCGUGCCGGCUACGAGGCGAGUGAUUUCACUAUCAGGGGUUUCUCGAGGUUGGUGAACAAGGAGAGGGCGUUUCACCACAUGGAGAAGGGUUUGGAUCUGGCCAAGGUCAAGGAAAAUGCGGCAACCAUGACGAGUCUGGAGCAAGCCGCGCCAGACAAUAUCGGUUCCAGCGCCUGGAGAGUGAACCUGGACGACCGACCUCCAAACACGCCGAGGCACCCGGUUCGGAUCGUGAAGGUGAAAUAUGGGAACCAGUUGUUUCGAAAGAUCGAACGCCCGGGGCCAGUGUCUGAGAAGGCAAACAAGCAAGGGAUGAUCAGAUUUGUAUAA